CGGAGCUUCGUGCUGGGCAGUGAAAAGCUCUCAGGUCCACUGCAUGCUGAUCCAUGCAGCAGCAGAAGCAGCAGCAGCCUUUGAGGUGGAGGACGGACGGGACAAACAUUCAGCUCGCACUUCUGCAACAUACAGAUUAGCUGCAUUUUGUCAGCUGGGAGCAUGGUGGUGUGACUGUGUGUGUGUGUGUCAUUCUGUGUGUUUGGUUUGCCUGUUUUCAGUGACUGUUUUGGGAACUGACAAGAUAAAAGAGAUGAUUGAGCUAGGCCUCGCUGAUGGUAGCCUGAUCGAUGAGCUGAUGGAGCUGACGGCUCAGAGCCUCGGUCACCUGGAGAUCCAGGAGCACUUCAACAUCAUCAAAGAGAUUGGCAGAGGGAAAUAUGGCAAAGUGCUGCUGGUAACACAUCGCUUCAGGGGGACUCCCAUGGCCUUGAAAGUGAUGCCCAAAGCCUCGACUAAGCUGCAGGGCUUUCUGCGAGAGUACUGCAUCUCCUUACACCUGUCCCGUCACCCCUGCAUCGUGGGCCUCUUUGGCAUUGCCUUCCAGUCUGAUGAGCAUUACUGCUUUGCCCAGGAGCUUGUCAUUGGGAGGGACCUGUUUGCUGUCAUCCAGCCAAAGGUGGGUAUUCCAGAGUCUUCAGUAAAACGCUGUGUCCUCCAGAUCGCAAGUGCUUUGGAGUUCAUCCACAGCCAUGGCCUGGUCCACCGUGAUGUCAAGCCUGAAAACAUUCUUCUGUUGGACAAUCAUUGCUGCCAGGUCAAGCUGGCAGAUUUUGGCCUGGCCCAGAAGAGAGGCACUCUGAUAAGAUUCAUCACAGGUACCCUGCCCUAUAUGGCCCCAGAGCUUUGUACCGUGGCUCUGCUGGAAGGCCAGAAAGAAGUGACUGCUCCCCCACUUAGCGUGGAGCCAAGCCUGGAUACCUGGGCCUUCGGAGUAGUUAUCUUCUGCAUCCUUACGGGCUACUUCCCCUGGGAGCGCUGCAUGGACUCAGACGACUUCUAUCAGGAGUUUGCAGACUGGUGCAGAAUGGAGGAGAGACCUAACACUGAGGAGGACAUUCCUCCUCUGUGGAAAAGGUUCACUCCAGAAGCCAUGGAGAUGUUUGGUAAGCUCCUAGCUUUGGAUGCAGGGAAGAGGUGUACAGUAGGAGAGGUGAGAGCAUAUGUGGAGAAAAACUGGCUUAAGAAGGUACAUGGGAAUGGGCAACAGCAGACAGGAGAAACAGAAAAAGCCAACACCUCCACAAAUAACCUAGGAAAUAACGAAGUGGAGGAACAUCCCAAAGUUCAGUGACAUGCAGAUCACAUUUUGGUGCAAUAUAUAUCUUCUUUAUACAGUAAUAGCAUUAAAAGCUAUAUCUGAAAACACUUCAAGUGCCUGAUAUCCAGCAUGCAAUUUGCAGUGAUGAAACAUCAUUUAACAAGGACGACCUGGUAGCCAAAUUCAGAGAAAAAACACAUAAUUACAUCCCUUAUUAGAUUUCAGCUGGCAACCUGUUACAGACCUCUCUCUCUAAAUAAGAGGCAAAGAUGAGACGAAAAGGAUGCAACAGAAACAAAGACUCCACAGGUGUUAUCUUUCACAAAUGAUUAGGUCGUGACUGAAGAAGUUGCCCAUUAAGUGGGUGGUACCGCACUUUGUGUUUCAUGGUUGCGGCAUAAAAAUGUGCAAUAGUGUGAAAUUACAAAGUUUUAGUUACUCAAAUAAGAUGCAAGACACGAUCCCAUCACAUUCAUCAUACUGUGAUUUUAAAGCUUCAUCACAUCGUCACUGACUCCUACACAAUGUAACAAAGCAUUUGGGUCAACACAAGACCAUUGUUGCUAUUCCUGAAGCACACCUAUGUUGUUCUGAAUAACACAGUGAAAGUGUAGUAGCAGAGGAGGCACAUGCUUACUUGUUGCCUAAUAUUUGCAACAGCACCACAGCUGCACACUCUGGCCUUCUGUUCAGGGUAUGACUACUGUGUUAUCACUGCAAACUUUAAAAGCAGCACAGUUUGUUCUGUUGCUGUACAAACUAAUAAAUCUUGUUUAGCGUUCCAAGGGUCGACUGUUUAUUUAGAUCAUUUUCAUAUACAGUUUUAACUUUGAUAUACAGGAUUUAUUCUUUUGUGUCAAUUAGCUUGUCCUCUUGUUUACUUGCAGGUCAACUCAAAACUUUUCAUGUAUAACAAGUUCACUGAUCUGUUUUGCCCUAAACUGCAACAUAUCAUACAGUCUGAGAUUUGAUGUAAAUGCAGAAUGCAUGUAUAUUCAUUUAUGAACUGUUCAUUUUAAUAUAUUGUAAUAUUUUCAUUUUUAUUGUUUUAGUUGUUUAAUUUUUCUCACGGCAAACCCUAAAAGGAAAACAAA